CCGCCCUCCACCUCCACCUCCUCUCCUCCUCCUCCAGGUGGGAGCUACAGGUCGAGGACAGUGGGAACUUCUCUCCGUUUCAGUCGGCGUUCGCAGCCGUGAGCUGAAGAACCCAAACUCCGCACGGCGUUAAUCAACAAAUCCAGUGCUCGGCUCUCGAUUCUCUCCCUGAGGCGUUUUUUUUUUCACGGAAAUGUCACACCUGAAGUUUCGCUCCGGACGCUAAGAGUUUGAAUCUGGGGAAGAAGAAGAAGAAGAAGAAGAAGAAGAAGAAGAAGAAGCUCAGAACCGGGAAAACGGCUUCCAAUGGAGAGAGGCUGAACCAACCCUUUAAACUCUGCACGUUAACAAGGCCGAAGCUCCAGCUCGAGGUGUCAUGUCUAACCGUGACUCCCUGGGUUUUGGGGAGUUACUUCCCCAGGACGUGGUUCAGAUCUUUGCCCAGGAGAAACACAGCAAAAGAGGCCACAAGAAGCGCAGUCACUCUCUGGGCCGGGCGCUGGGCUGGCUGAAGGGCAAGAAGGGCAAAGAUCAGGGCAGGAAUGGGCGAAAUCUGGGUCUGGGUCCUGCACUUGACCUGGCCUUGGAGGGACCCUCAGCUGGGACGCAAGGUGGACACAAGGGAGGACAGAAGUCAGGGAGACACACACACCAUCAUGGGAACAGCCAAGCUCAGUCAAAGCGAAAUGACAACGAGAAUUCAGCGCCUCUGUUGCUCCAAGAGAAUGUGUUCAUCGAGUCCACGAGACCAAAGUACCUGGAGGACCUUCACACUGAGGCUCAGGAAGGGUUAAAAAUGCAGCAGCAGGAAGAAACCAGCAGUGGGAUGGAGUACCAGGACAACGAGAGCACGAUUUCGACCAUGUCGGUCCAAACUGACGGAGAAGGUAGAGGGUUUAUGACCGACAGCACCAUUCCAGAUACAUCUUCAGUCGUCUCGGUACAGUCGUCAGUGUCCACCCGAUCAUCCCGCUCCGGACUCACCAGACAAGGUAUCCUCAUAGCCAGAACACUACCCUUGAGUUCCGGGAAAAAAUCUGAAAGGACCAAAAGGAAACGACACCGGAAGACUGUUGCUGGAAUCCCUCAGCAUGUUCAGAGAGACCUUGGGUUGGACAGAGUGGGAUGGACAGUGAACCGAAGGUUGGAAGAAGAGCAGUAUUAUAAUGGUGAUAGUGAUAUAAGUCCCACUGCUGACGGGCCACAAAGAGGGUCAGAGUCAACAAAGGGUGUUGGUUCUAUCGGCCCUGGCAUCAGGAUCAUUCAGCCUCAGAACGAAGACCAAGUCAAACGGAUCAGUGCCACAAAUGCUGGUCAUAUGGACGAUCUGGCCCUGUUGCAACGUUUUGGGCCUGACUUGUCAGAUUGUGAUAGGCCCAAGUCACUGGCCGUGCCCUGGAUGACCACUGGGAACAGCCUUCAGCAGGCCCCACCCAGUCCUGUCAUGUCCAUGUCUCCCCAGGCUGCUUACAUGUCCAAAAUCAUUCCCAACGCUGUGUUGCCACCUUCCAUUGACGUAGUGGAAAUAAACCGCGGGCGAAGUCGCAGCCUCCGCACCGUCAGCAAGAGCAGCCUGCUGCUCUCCAGCCCUGCCUCGUCCCGUGCUUCCUCUCGGGCCUCCUCAUGCAGAACCACCGCCUCGCAAGAUUCCAGCAUAACUUCUGCAUCACGCUACAACCACCCAAGUGUAUCCGAUAGCUCUUGUUGGAGCAACUCUGAGUCCUCAAACACCUUGGUAUCGGAUUCCUCGACUAUUUCAGGUCACAGCACCCCGAGACAGAAGAGGUCACGGGAAGGUGAUGUUUCUGAGAAGGAGGACAGAGUCAGUGUUUAUUCCUCAAACAGCAGGGCCUCUAAGUGCACCUCCAACGGUAUUGUAAGGAGGAAAGUUGAUGUAGUCAAAAACGAGGGUCAACUGGUACGUAGCCUCUCUGUCAUGAAAUCCAAGAAGGCUCCACCGCCGCCAAGCCGCUCAUAUUCCCUUCAUAAUAAAAUGAAGAGACGAUCGCGUGAUCUGGCAGAGAUUAGGGUCAUUCCAGGGGAAUACUCUCUCCAAAGAAUUUCGCCCUUAGGUGAGGAAAAUGAAAAAAUGAAAUCGGGAAAUACUGUCAUGCCUUGCAAACCUAUUGACAGCCCAGGUUACAAUGCUGACACCAGCUCUCUAGAUGAUUCCACAGGAUCUGGAUCAUUCAGUCCCAUGAAAUUGCAAGCACUAAGGACAGAUCAAGCUUUAAAGACGGAAGGAGAAAAUGCGAGGGAUUCUGUACAAAAGAAGGAACAGCUUCAGGGAAAUAAGCUAAGCAAAACCAUAUCCCCGUCCAGUGGCUACUCCAGUCAAGAUGCAACAUCCCCACUGCUCUUGAAACAUUCUCAGAACUCUUCUGGAAAGCACAAGAAGAGCAUCUUAUCAAAGUUUCACAAGUUAAUUUCUGGGUCGUCUUCUGCUGGUUCAGCUCCGACUCCUGUCCCACGGCAGGCUCUUCCACAGAGCUCAAAAACCACUGUUGGUGGUACAUCUAACGCUGUUGAUGCACUGGGUGUAAGUCCUGCUGUAAGAACACUGAGAGAACUGUUCAACAUCCCUCCACACCCUAAAGUCCAUGCACCCCCACCGCCUCCUCCAGAGGUCUGGUGUCACAGCAAGCGUUCAGUUGAGUUGCUCCUGGGACCUCCCGUGCCUGACAACCUUCACGUCAUCAUUAAGAAGAAUCCAAAGGACAGGAGACAACAGAGGCAGUCGCCAUCGGCAUCAACGGACGGGUCUGUGAAGAGCUUAGUGGCAGAGAGGAAACAGAAGAAUUUAGCCAUAAUCGUGGAUUCCAUCAAUGUAGGUCUCAAUGGGGUUGAAAGAGAGAAAGUUCAAGAAGGUGUGAACGUGGAGAUUCAAAAGGUAAAGAAUGAAAGACUGACUGAGAACGUAAAUCUGAAGGAAACUACUGUAACGGAAGUGAGUCAGAAGGCAAGAGGAAGUGAUUUAUUGAAUGGAUUGUUAGCGAAGGCUGUCGAGAAACGUGAAGAAAGGCUGGCAGCAGCAAAACGAGAAGAAGAGGCCAGGAAGUUGGCCACGGAAUCCAGAGAGAUGAAUUCCCAUGAAAAUAACCUGGCCACCGUUUCAACAACACGAGUUUCCUCUUCCACUGUGCCGCAAACCCACGCUAAAAAGACGACAGAAGCUGCUGUGUCCCCCGAGUCAUCCUGGCCCCCACCACCUCCACCUAUGAAACAAGCAGGUGUUGGUGGCCGUGAUGACGUAGAUUUUCCCCUUCCUCCUCCGCCACCGUUUGGUGAGGUACCUGGUUCAGGACCAACGGAGAGGUCCAGUAUCGUAACAACACCAUCUCUGGUGAUCAUGAAAGUAGAGCCACAGAAGUCCAGUCCAUCUCCAUCUCAGACUACAGCUCCUGCUCUAAAUAUCCCACCUCCACCGUCCUACUCAGCUCCUCCUCCACCACCACCUGUUAAAGCCGCCUCCCCUCCUGUACCUACGGUGAUCUGUCCACCGCCAACACAGAUCCCUCCUCCACCAUUAGUGAUCUCUCCACCACUACCACCACCGCCUCCAGCUGAAUACUUCUAUUCACCCCCACCUAAGAUGAUCUCACCAACACCAUCAACGGACGUCACCCCAUCACCACCUAAGGUCACUUCUUCAUCGUCCUCUAAAGGGUUAUCUCCCUCACCACCCAAGGUCAUCUCUCAACCACACUUGACACCGUCUACGCAGGUGCUGAUCUCUACUCCACCACCACCAACAACAACAUCUAUUGAAAUUUGUCUACAACCUAAUGUCAUUUCACCUCCACCACCACCACCACUGCCACCAUCGAAAGAGUUCCCUCCACCACCAACGGUGAUCUUUACUACACCACCACCAACGAAAGAGGAAGUGGUGGUACUUAAAAAGGUUCCUCCUCCUGAAGAAAUCCCUCCUUUAUCAAGUGAAAGCAUCACUCCACCCUCAGUGCCUGAAGAAGUCCCUCCACCGUCAACCGAAAACGUCGCUCCACCCUCACAGUCUGAAGUCUCUCUGUUAUCAGUUAACGAGAACCUUCCACCAAUAUCUGAAGAGACGUCUUCAUCACCAGUCAAAGAAGCCUCUCCUGCACAACCUAUGGAACCCGUUCUUCAUCCACAGCCUAUUUCGCCUCCUUCGCUUAAGGAGGUCCCCGUCCUGCCACCUGAGAACAUCUCUGUUCAACCACCCAUAGAAGAUCGCCCCAUAUCACCCAACGUGACAGUUCCUCCUCCGGAUCAAGAGGCCUCUUGUCCGUUGGUUACUGAAGUAUCAGUUUUGCCUUCUGAAGAGAUUCCUGAAGAGGAUUCUCUUUGUUCUGCUGAAGAGAACAUCACAACGCCCGCCGUAGAAAUAUUUGUUAAUAGGUUUAAACCGCCAGAAAGUAUUCCACCUCCACCUCCCCUGUCAACACAGCUCCAGUUGUCAGAGCAAAAUAAAGAUAUUUCACAACAGAACAUCCAGCCUGAAUGUCCAACCAAUCCUUCUUCAGCUGAUCGUAUCCUCACCCCCCCACAGGGUAUACCACCUUUAUCUCAUUCAGAGGUUCUGCAUCAACCUGAGGAUAUUCCUACCAGCACUGACAGACAACUCACUGAAAUCUCAAUCACACAAGCUACUGAAUCCAACCCGUCACCUGAAAAGUCAGAAGAACUUGUUGGACGUCCAAGUCCAAGUCCUUCCCUACCACAGAAUUUAGACAGUGGAAAGGACGAGUCUAAAAAUGUUAGUGUAGAACUUCAAAACCAAGAGCCAGAACCCGUCCAUGUUUCACAGGAGGGAUCCGACCCUGUUGUAAUUUCCUCCCCUCCUGUCAACAACAUUCCUGAGCCGGCCUGUUCUGAAGAACAACCGCAGCCUAGGGUCACCAUGAGGAAAGAGCUGCCCAGCGUUCUGGUUCUAACCUCAUCUGCGAGUGGCGAGGCUCCACAAAAGCCCAUCAGAAAGUCUUUAAUCAUGACCUCUCCCACGUCUACUUCACCGCCUGCGUUAGGACCUGUGCACCUAGCUCUACCCAAACCAUAUUCACCUUUGGCUCCAGUGACAUCUUCAGCUACGAUCCCCUCUCCCACACAAAAAUCUCCUCCUGUCACCACCGCCCCUUCGUCCAUGAACCUACAGGAGGCAAUCCGUCUGAGGACAGCGGCCAGAUCAAAAGAAAACCCCGCCUCUUGCCUUAAACUGCACUCACCGACAUCCCCGGACCUGCGGACGUCCCCCAGAUCUCCAGCAAGCACAGCCAGUUUCAUCUUCUCCAAGAGCAACAAAAGGCUGUCGAGUGAGACCAAGCCAGUGUCAGAGGUCAAGACAAGUGUGCCGAAGAACCUGGGUAUUGUGUCCUCAACUAAGGUGGGGAGUGAGGAAGCAUCGGUGAAAAGGGGAGCGAAGAUGCCGCCACCUGUAGCGAGGAAACCCAAAGCCAAAGCCAAAGAAAAUGGGACCAGCGAAGGGACUGACUCCACUGUUGGACAGGAAGAACAGCAAGACGUCUUUCUGGACGAUACAGAGAAGACGGCAGAAUCUGCUGAAGGAAAAGGAACUGCGUCGACGUGAUUUUAAAGACUGGGACUGAGACUACGUCAAAUCCACUGCAAGUUGAUCUUUGUGUGUGUGAGACAAACGUUUUUUUUUGUGUUUGUUUUUUUCAGAGAUGACUUGUUUAUUUCAAAGAUGCUGGAUUUUCUACAAAAUGAUCUGAACAUGUUGUUAACGGUGUGGGUCUUACGGUACACAAUCUGCGUUUUCCGAACACAAAAUAGUUUCUUAGCUUUUUCCCAGAGGGCAUUCUGAGUUUCACUGUGGCAACAGAUACAAAUAUAUACUGCCCUCUAGUGCCAAACAAUGAUUGUACCACUUCAUGUGCUGCUGAAUCAGAGCUUGUAGUCAGUCGUCGCUGCAACGGGACGUUGGGACUCAUCUGUAAAUAUAGCAACACUCUCUACGUGUAUUAUAUCCACUGGUAAUGGAUCUUUAUUUUCUCCAAAGACUUUAAUACACCAAUUAUAUUUGUUAAAGAGAAAAAAAAAUAUUAAUUAUCUUAAGUUAUUUUUCCUCUCGUGUUUAGUCCACGUCUGUGAGACCCUUUAAGACCAUGUCACUUAAGUGUGUUUGUGUGUUAAUCAUUUACAAAUUAGAGAGAAAAAAAAAUCCCACAUCUAUUUUAUGAUUCAACGCUGUUUUAUGUUUGUAUUUGCUAAUAUGAUAAAAGUAAAGAGCAGAAAUGAUAGUGAACACUGGAACCGUUGGGUCGGAGCACGAGUUCUGCUGCUUUUAGUUACUGACGACUUACAGUCAUUCCAGCUCAAACUGUGGGGUGUUUCUGUGUUUCAGACCUUCUAUUCUAACAAAUGAUCAUUUAUUUUGAAAAGAAAAAAGAUUUAUGGACAAAUAAAAGCAGCCGCAUAAAUACCA